CGGCUAUAAUGAAUUGUUAAUUUUGUAGAUUCGAGCUUCAGGUGAAGUGGAUUUGCGAGUAUAUUACCGACUGUUCGAUGGUUUCACCUUGUCAGCUAUAAACAAACAUGUCAAAAUCGACGACGACUAGUGUCAUGAAAUCGGGUCCGAUGUGUGCGUUGAGUUUGUGUUUGACAAGUCGGAUCUACCGAACUGCAUUAUAGGUUCGGUCGUCACGAUGAUCAUGGACAUCUCAGGAAACUUAGAUACGCUGUUGUGAAUGACUUGGAGGAUCAAUCAAGUGCCACGAAUACGUCUGACGUCCGUCCGUAACCAGGAGUCGAGAUUCCAGAAUCUCAACACCUGACACUCAGGUGAAAUAACGUCGUUAUCAUGGCGACAAUGGAAAGACAUAAAUCUCGACAGAAGAGAAAAAAGGAACGGAAUCGCGUAUCUAAUUUGCAUGCUAUUGUUCCGGAUGCCCCAACUCUGGAAGAAUUUGAAUGCCUUCUCGGGGAAUCACCCACCAAUUAUCCUCGUGUCGAGGGAGUUGAAAAUAUGGAGAGCGAACUCCACGCCGCUGCCCACGAUACAGAGAUUUAUGAAAGAGCUAAUGAUGUUCCAAAAAGUACAGACUCUGACAAUGAAGUGAUUUUGGAGAGGCGCAGUGUAUUAUCCUCUCAGGAACUUCCAUCUUCCGAUACCGUGGAUGGACUUGACGGAGAGCCGGCAGUUGCUUCGGCACCCCAGGAAGAGGAAGUAGAAGAGCCAGUGGAAAAAGUAAAUGCCCCUAUGGCCGAUCUUCAGCUCUUAGAUGUCAUCCCUACUGCUCCUAUUAUGGAUACCAUAGUCCACAUACUGCCGGUUGAAUCUGAUUUUCCAAGCUCUGAACUAAAUGAAAAUCCGAUGCAAAGCAAAGAAGAAUCCAAAGCAACUGAAAAAGAGACUGCAUUGGGACAACAACAGAAAGUCAAAAUGGUGCGAAACGAGAUCAAACCCUUUACUGAUGCACAGCUAGCAGCACUUUAUAAUAACAAAGAAUUGGCCCUGGCUGAAACAUUUGUUGCUGAAUUUGUCGAUACCCAACUACGCGGGACUGCCGUUAGACAGCAACAUCGUCUGUACGAACUUCUUGUCAGUUACCUCCGCAUAAGAAACCAUUCGAUACUGAAUUCCCAGGAGCUCAAUAGCCUGAAAGCAAAUUGCAAAGAAACUCAAAAACAGUUAUGGUGUCUAGACAAAGCUUCAAUCACAGAAUCCGGUGAAUGUCAAGAUGGAAAUCCAGUUAGCGCAACUCACGAAUAUCAUAUCGCUCAUUUCAAUCAACAGACACUCGGUGCUUUGUCUCGGAAUCUAUUGAGCAUCAGAGAUUUAAUCCACAAUACAGAAGCCCUGCAUUGCUACGAGGCAGAAAUGCUCAGGCUGCAAAUCGACAAUUACAUCCAAAGGGUUUGCACCUUAUGCAAAGACUUUGAAAACCUGCCCCAAAAUGCGCCUGUCAACCUUAAGCAGGGCCCUGUAUCCUCGCGUAUCAUGCCACAAAUGUACGAACUCAGAACCUGUGUUGGAAUACUAUUCAACUUUCAACGAAAAGUCUUGAAGGACGCAAGAUUUAUUACUGACACAAGAGAAUGGCUCUCCCAUCUAGUGGCUGUUCUACUCAGAGUAGCCACAUGGCAAGAUCAUCUAUUUUUAUUGAAUCAUAUACUAAGAUGCCCCGGGGGCAUCUCUUCUUGGGCAAGCGGGUUCGUCCAGACCCCGGUACGAUGCAACCCUGGUGGUCACAGCACCGCUGCUUUGAAUGAUCCACAUAUUGAACACAUUGUAACUGUAAUUGCUACUAUCAUGCUGCCAAUCAAGGAACGAGAUAAGUUUUUGGAAAAAGUCCAAAUAUCCCUGCAGGAUACAGGAACAACUACUACUGAUACGGUAUGGGUGAUGUUAGAUGAGGAAGGAGAGGAAGAUGAAGAUAUAAUAAAUGUCGGGGUAAACCUUUGCGAAAGCGACCUGAUAUUCAUUCUACAUCAGAUUCCUUUUGAGAAGCUCUUCAAAUUAAUAUUAUUUAUAAACCAAGAGGGUGAUAACUAUAGCCAGGAGAACAAUCUGGUGACGGAACACCAUAUGCUCCGGAUCUUUGCCUUCUCAUCUAUACUGGUUAGACUCCUCAGGCAGGGUUUGAGGACUUACGAUUCUCCGAGAUACAGGCAACUUGCCAAGAGGUUAAGCGCACUUAUUCGAGACAUCGUACAGUAUGCCAGCGAUCAGUGGGAGGCAUUUGAUAAAAGUCAGAUAGUCGAUCGAUCAAUGUUAGUCAGACUGCAAACGGAAUACGAUAGCUUUUUCCUAAAGGCAAGUCAGUGCAUAUUUUCAUCUAGAAGAUUGGGUGCAUGGCAAUAUCUUGCAGCUAUACCAUAUCACGUUGUUUCAACUUCGACAUUGUGGCAUGUUUUUUACAUGCUGCAUGUCAUGGACACAACCACUGCCAUCCCUCCGUUUUCUAAUAUGUCAGAAAGUGAAUGGGAAGCUGAAUUGAAUUCAUCAAAACUUAGGAAGCAAUUUGAAGAAAAACUCUGUGAGAUGCCAGGAGAUGAAUCAUAUUUUUUGCUUACAACUUUUGCCAAUAUGGCCAUGGCCCGGCUUCACGAUGAUUAUCAGUUUGUGCGGGCAGCUACUAUUGAUUUAUUUCAAGUUGGUUUUCUUAGCGAGAAGACUCAGGAAUCAUGUUCCAAAGAUGCCCGAUCCCUGCUGUCAAAUUUAACGAGCAAGUAUCCUUCUCUUCUCUCUGAUCUUCUUAGAAAAUUGAAGGACAAUUUUGUCUUCAUCGGAAAGUUGAGUUUAUACUUAUUCACGGAAUUGCGUAUUGGAAAAUGGGUUCCUAGUGAAGAUGAUUUUAAGAUUCUUUCCACUUGGUUGCAUCAGUACCCGUUAUGUUCUACAGAAAAUCACCUUGCUCGUUUGAUUCUUUCUCAUCUGAAUUGGGGCUUGGAUAGCAAAGGCAACUUAUGUCUUGGAAUUAGCAUUCAUCGUCGAGUGGCACUUCUAGUGGUCGAACUCACAAUGAAGUACAUUCCAGAUACACCAGCGCAAACUGCUUCGCUUCUAGCCGAAGGUGUUAAGCAAGUGUCUUCGAUGGUGAGGCCUCAGAAUAAUGAACAUGCUUUUUCAUUAUGGUCAUGGGAAAUAGUAUCUAGAUUACGAUUGCACCAACUAGAUCGAUCGGAUAGUACAGCGCGAUAUACAAUAUCAAAUCCGAGUGCUGCAUUGGCACAAAUUCCAGAUGUUGAUGCAGAUUCAUCCUUGGAGAUUCUUGCCUCUGGCGUCAGGGAAAAGCAGCCGAUUGCCUGCUACGUUGCAGUUUUAAUGACAACAUGGGGUCAUUCGAUCCCAUUAAUUUCUUUGAAAGGCUUUAGACAGCUCCAAAUAUUGCAGUGCUUCUACAAAUACGAACAAGUCCUGAUUGCUCUCCAUCACAUAAUUCCAUUUUUUCUCGAAUGCCCGGACGCCAUUAUGAAAAACGAAAAGUUUUCCAGCUUGAUCAUAUCACUAAUCGCUGCUGAUAGAACAUACAUGAAAAUGGCAAAGAACUUGAUCGUAUCAGACUUUCCUGGUCCGAUACUCAAGCUAUUUUCUAACAUGAUUGAAACACAUUUGGAAAACUAUCAAAGAUAUUGUUUGCGGAGUCCGCAAGCACUGGUGCACCUCUGGUUGAGAGUUCUAGCAUUGGUACCGGAUUGGAACAGGGAUCAAAGUGUCAUGUACUUGAUGGAUAUGGUCAUCCGAGCUGCCUAUUUUCAUUUAGAUGCUAGAGCGGAGACGGAGACAAUUUUUCAUAACUUCUAUGUACUAACCAUAGAGGGAGGUACAGAGAAUUUGGCGUGCGGAAAAAAUUCUGGUUCGUUCGGCUCUUUUCUAAGCUGGGCUACGGGAUCUUCAACUUCACCGAGUCUUCUUGGAGGAACCGUUCAAUCGGUGUGGCUGGCUCACCGAGUUCUUACUACCGAACAAGAAGAUAGAGAACUGAAAAAUGACCUGUGGCGCGAAGUUCUGAGAGAACUGGCUGCACAAGGAAAAACAUCCGUAGACAACGCGUUAAAGAAAGCUUGUGCCACCGUAAAAAUCCAACCUUUUGGAGCGAGCGGAUUGGCUAUAUAUCGAUGGUCACAACAGGCACUGGAUACUCCGAUGGAUCAUCCACUGCUACCACUGUUAUGGCAAAACUUCUUUAACUUAUUUCUGGCCAGGGUUCCUACAGCAUCGAGUACUUCAGACAAAGGCGGCGUAGGUGAGAAGUUCUUCGAAGGUAUGAUAAACUUGAGUUACUUCAAAAAAUUGAAGAAACGUCUUCACGACACCAUCGAAUACUUUCGAGUUAAGGGGGAAAGUGAUUUGGAUAAUGGGCUGCCGAUAACCGAUGAGCGAAGAGUCUUCUACCUCGACGCUGCCAAGUUUUACAAAACACUGAGCUUAUGGCUUGAAGAACCACGAUUGCAAGAAUCUGGAUUAUAUCUCCCUGCGUUACCCCCACAGUACAUGUCGCACAAGUUGACACUCUUGAUUCAAGGUGAUCAGGCACCUUGGCUGGAAUAUAUCGAUUACGAUUCCAUACGAAAAUGUCAGUUGAAAGCUGUCGCGGAUUGGCAAUCCUGCAGCUUGAGAUCCCCGGAAAAUCGUUUACAAAAAAUGAAUCAGAUUCUGACAACGCCUCUAGAGCCGACAGACCCGAUGCAAAGAAUAUUUAGAAGAUUGGGUUCGUACGAGCAGCCAGUGCCGCCGCCACCGUUGAGCAAAAAUACUGCUUUUUUACCUCACAUACCAAAAGAGAGCCUACAUAACCCGGACGGCAUUCUGCACUUGCUGAAACCGCAUCUCAAGGCUAUACAGGAAUAUACUCAAACGCAUAAUUUGAUGCUUUCCGAACAUACCGCUAUAGACUGUAACUUUUUAGAACUAGUUCCAACACUCUACAGGGAUGUUGAGAGUCGAGUGACACUUCAUGCCCUCUGCGACCCUUUGCCGACAGGACAAAAACGUUCCAGGUCUGGGACGCCACCGAUAGUGCACUGCGCUGGGCCUGCUAUAAUCAGAAUAAUGGUAUCUGAAGCUCGAGUGAGCGACGGAGUAGACCACAUGAUUAGUCAAAACAGAGCUGAAUAUGAACAGUUAUUGGUUCGAGCCUGUCAACCACCACCUGUUAAAGUAUCCCAAGGCUGCGUCUUCAUCGACCAUCUGAUCAUGCUUCUAGAACACGAACUAAACAUAAAUCGGACUAGUGAAAAUUCAAACGUUUUAAACAACGUUCAGGAGACAGGAGUAAAGUUGUUGUAUCAUCUGGUCGAUUUUUACACGGAAGAAGCUGCCUUGUGUCCGCCGACUAAACAACUAAUUACAACAUGUGUCGAAAAGUUAGGCCAGUUGUUUAUCAGUGGGGAGGAAACCCAAGGACAACAUUUAUUGGAAACAAUCAUGCGCCGACCAGAAUUGGGUGGCUUACUUGGACCACAUUUUACACCCGUAGCUGGAGGCGCGUCAACUUUUUUACCAAUGUAUCAAACUGUUGUCAAUUUGGCUACGGGUCCAAAUGCCGACCUAUGUUUCGUCCUACUUUCAAAGUUCGAUGUGGGAAGUUGGCUGAAUUAUAGACGUCCGAGACUAAGCGAAAGAUCAACAUUCAUCGAUCUGGUGUCCAAAGCCCUAUGCAAUGCUGGGUUGAACCCAGAAGACGACAAACUUAUAUUACACGAGCUCUUUCGCAAUCAUCUUCGAUUGAUCCUUCUACACGAAUUUCCUGAACAUUAUGGCGAAAUAUUGAGCAUGGUGUUGAGGGGUAGCGAGUCCCAGAGUCUUUCUUUGGAUGUUUGGAAAGAUCUGUUAGGGGCUCUCAGUGGAAGAUCUAAGUCGCAGGGUCCGAUACAACCUAUAAAAGUAAGGGAUGAAAUCAGGCGCUAUGCUACAGAGCAGAGAUUGCUGUCUCGUCAAGAGAUGCACGAUACUGCUGUACUUUUGAGCAAACAUUUCAUGAAAGAAAGACUACAAUAUGGUCUUUAUGGAUUGUAUCCCAAGUACAGAAUCUACAACGAACCAUUGACUACUUUUCUCGGUAUGGUAGGACAUGCCUUAGUCGUCUUGACCUUACACACCGAUAAGGGGACACUGGCCGAUCAAUUAUGUGACCAGAUAUGGCCAGUCCUGGGAGAUAUGUUUGCACCAUGGAUCACACCAUACUGGACGAGAAAUUUGCGUGAACCUACAGCAGCUUGGAUUCAGCAAUUGACAGACGACAGAUCAGUUCUUCUUCCCUGGAUAAUAACCGAUGGACCUUAUGCAAACAGAACCAUAGCUAUGUUUGUAGAAUGCAUCAGAUUCAUCAUCGACACAAUGCCAGCCUCCAGCAAAAUUCUUUGUUUUCUAUGGCAAUUUUAUGUGACUAAUUUCGCUCACGCAUCGGUCAAAGAUCACAUCCUCAAUGUUAUUCAUGGGAAUUUUUUGUCCCUGCCUUGGGAACGGUUCAGUCCUGGUAUAGGAGAUAUUGAAUUGAUGGUAAAAGUCGUUGAUCAAUAUUUACCGGACAGUCAUUUAUUUUUGGGAAGCGUGUUCACCAGCAUAAACUGGCAAGUAUGGGCAAAUGAAAUAUUGGCGAUUCAACCGCUACCAGUCGCUGCAAGAAUGCACAUCUGUUUGUUAAACCUACUUGUCAAACUUUCUAAUGAGCCUAACGUCCGCCAGAAUGAAAAGGCUGUACAGAUAGUCGUUUCAGCAGAGAAAUUCGCGUGGCAUCUCGUGGACGCGGCUGCUUACGACCAGGUUAUAAACUGGUACGUGAUGAGCUGUGAUCCUCGGGUCAUUCUCCAUCUGGACACGGAGCAAACCUAUUCCAUUGACGGAGCCAUAAAUAAUUUACUGAAAUUGGCUGCGGCAUACGAUCCUAAUGCAACUCAUUUUCAUCCAACGACAUUGAAGAAAAGGCAAAUGUACGUUAGGUCUUCAGUGAAAUUAUUAGUAAAUUGUACAACUCGUCACAAGGCGCUUCUCACGAGUGAUCCUAAAGCAUUUACCGAUGCUCUAUCCAAAAUGUUGGAUGACAUGGAGUCAGUAAUCAUAACCACUGUAUCGAAACCUCAACAAACUGCGGAAGCUGGUCUACUGGUAACUGAACUUUUACACUCUAUUAAUCAGAACGGACCCUUAGUGGAACAAUUACGCACCAGUUGGGCAUCCUGGCUUUCAAAUAGAACCGCCAGCAGUCCUACGCUCAUGGGCAUUUUACGUGUCAUAGGAAUAGCUGUUGCGUCACCAUCCACACUUGGAGAAUUAAUGGAAGCUGCUCUCGAUGCAUAUUUCAAGCACAACGAUUUAGCCACCGACGAGGCUUUACCGACUUGGGGUUGGGUGUUGACCGUUUUACAGCCAGUAGUACCACGUCAGCCACCGGUAGAAGGAGCACUUGUAACGGACGGACGAGUUCUGGCUCUUUAUGCACUGCUGCUCAAAAGAUUACCCUCCUGCCGGAAUAUUAAAGAAGAAGGAAUGUUACUUGUAAAUUUAAUCGAUUGGAUAUCCGCCAUUAAACCUACAGAACUUGUAGAAGAGAAACUUCCGUUAUUAUGGGGCAAGGCAUUAGAACUUAUCUAUAGACAAUGUCAGUACAGUGAAAAUACAGUAAUUGCAACGAGGGCUUUGAAAGGUUUGGCUCGUUCGUUACUCGCCACUGCCGAUGAUGUGGGACAAGGAUGGGGUAUUUUGGGAGCGAUCGGGUUCAGAAAAGGAUCGCAGUUAUCCAUUGGGUGUAAGUUCCUCAGCAGAACACUCGGCGUGUACUGCUUGGCUCAAUUACCGGAAUCUAAAUCGGAGCAACAGUUAGUGCGUUAUACGCCUCACUCACCCGGAGUCGCACCUUCGAGAUCCAGCGAAUCGGAUCCCCUGGAUGUAAGGCCAAGUGCCGAUGCCAUAAAAGCUAUGCAAACUUUGGAGGCCUUAGUUACAAAUAAGCAAUACGCCGAGCUCAAAGGUGACAUCGAGCAGUCUAUCCGAAUGAUCAGAGACUCUGCGAAUUCGCUUCACAACGCUGUUGCGGUUACUGGAAUCCUUACCGCGGAACUUUACAACAGAAGAUAUUUGCACGUUUUAAUCGAAUAGUUGUUUCAUCACCUCGAACCUGGGAGUUCUUACUCGCUGGUAUGCUCGUUCGAUAUUCGAGCAGUAAAAUUCAUUACUUCAGAUUCUUUUUUAUACAAUUUAUUGGAAUUAUCUAGUCAUUGAAUGCGUAAAACGAAAAAAAAAAACGUAGACUUUCAAGUAAUGCUCGCAAGUUAGUAAUUAGCACUUACACGUACUAAUAUCAGUGGUAGUUGGGUAGAGUCUUACGCUCUAUGUGACUAAUUGCAUAUCAGUUUUUACAAAUUGGAACGCAGUAUGGACUGAUUAUCUAUUUUCCAGAGACCUUUCGACUCUUUGAUGUAAUGUAUCAGUUGAAUUUAGGAUCUAGUAUCGCUGUACAAUUCAUGCAAUCAACAUCGUAUUCAACUGCCUAUACAACAUUCGUCUAUCUCAAUUGCCGCUUUUCUAAUAUGUAGGUUGGCAUUAUCAUAGAUACGAAAAUUACAAAGAAGAAAAUCUCAAGCUUGUACUAUCUGCCAAAUUUGAGCAUGAAAAAAUAGGGCCAUGCUCGAGGCAGCCUUUCGAUCUUCAUAGUACUAGAUUACACCUACAAAAAGCAACUGACUAUGAGUUUCCAAAUGACGAUAAAAUUCUAAAUUUUGAAUUUUCCUUGAAUUGGUCAUCCGCAAAACAGCCAGACUCAAUGAAUUUUGGAAAAUUUAAAUAUAUCCGUGCGCAAAUAUUGUGUAUGUAAAUUAUUUGAUAAACCCACCAAAAUUAGGGAUAAGCUUAAACUGCCUUUGUACACAAGUAUAACCUAUCGUUUAAUUUAAUGACGUUUGCGACAUUUUUAUCGUAUGUACCUGUUGUAAGAAUCAACGAUAUUAUAAUACAAAGAUACGAAGUAUUUAAUAAGAUUUCAUAAGAUUAGAUAACAAGCGAUAUCGUUGACAAAUAAAACCCGAAUCUGAAUAUAAUUAUAUAAACAAACAAUAUUAUAUUAUAAUAAUUAAAACCUCCCAUGUAUAUAACCAGGUAUAAUAAUAUAUAUGCGAUAUCAAAAAUAAACGAUCAAUAACGAUUGAAUAGUAAAUGAAAAAGAAAUUCAAUGCUAA